AUGUCCAUUCCACAGUGGUUUGCUGACGAUGCAAGUUGUGGACCUACAAACUCCAUGACAGGCCUUAUUAAGCACACUACGCAUGAUAGAUCGUCGCAGCAGGAUAAAUUUACAGCAGAACGUUACGAUGAAGGAUCUUCAAAAGGAGCAUUUAGAACUCAAAAGAAUAUUAAACAGCAAGAUGAGUAUGCGCAAAAAUUUUUCCAACGUCCAGGACAAGAAUCUAUACCACCAAACAUCUAUAACUUUGAUCAAAUGAGCAGAGGACUUGAAACGAUUGUACAUGAAUCACAGAGAAAUGGAGAUUGGGCAGAAAGUUUUUUAAAUCAAUCUGAAUCGACUCAUCAUCACAUAAUGCCUGGCCACGCGCGUUCGGAAUUUGAAAAUUUUGAAAUGAUUUAUAAGAAAGCCCAAAAUCAAGACAAAUGGGCAACCGAAUUUUCACAGUUCAACCAAUUGCCAAAAAGCGAUAUUGAAAUACGUCCAGAAGAAAUAGCUGCCUUUGAACAAGCAUUUGAGGACGCAAAAAAGAGCGCGAAUUGGGAAUCAGAGUUUGAGGCUCAAGAGCAGUCAUGGGUGAAUGAAUUUAAACAACAGGAAGGGAUUGGAAGUGGAGAUUAUACAAAAACUGAAUUGUCUGAAAUAGCUAGUAAAUUAAUAGCUUCUGUUGAAGGAGAGACAAAUCCGAAAUUUAAAAAUUCUUCAUUCAUGAAUUUUAUGAAAAAAUUGAGCAAUAAAGAACUUUCUAUUGAAGGAAAUAAAGUUGUAGAACAAAAGGUUCCAAUACCUAAUGCGAAUUGGGCUUCUGAAUUUGAGACGCAACAACAUAACAUCAACAAUAAUAAUUGGGCAUCAGAAUUCAACAAUAUACAAACAGGUCCACAUUCAAAUUGGGCACAAGAAUUUUACAAUGCUACCACUUCAGAUAUUCCAAAUAAUGGGGAAGGUUCAACUUUAAGAGCAGCAUCUAAUGAAUUCGACUCUGGUUGGGCUGCAGAAUUUCAGAAAGCUCAUUAUCGGAUAAAUAAAGAAAAUCCCAACGCAACUCCAGCGUUAGAUGAAUGGAUUAAAGAUUAUAAGGAUUAUAAAGAAGAUUCUAUAGAUCAAACUAUGGAAGAAUUACAGAGUGAUUGGGAAAAAUAUAGUCCUACAAAUAUGGGAUAUUCACUCAAUUCCCCUUUUUAUGACGAUUAUAAAUUUCAACCAAUUAAUCCUUAUCUCACUACGCCAAAUCUUUUAUCAGAAAUUUCAACGACAAAAGGGCAAAUUCUAACGGACUCGAUAUUAAUUUUAGAAGCAAAGGUUCAACUUGAUCCAAAUGACUCACAGGCAUGGUAUCAGCUUGGUACUAAGCAACAAGAAAAUGAGCAGGAACCGAACGCAAUAGCGGCAUUACGUAAGGCUGUUACUUUGAAUCCUCAAAUUUUGGACGCGUGGAUGUCUUUAGCAGUUUCAUACACAAAUGAGUACCGACGUGAUUUUGUUUAUAACGCAUUGGAAUCUUGGUUUGAUCAUAGUCCUAAAUAUAAACAAUUGUUAGAGCAGCAACGUGCUAACGGCAACUUAGUUGACCACAAAUUUUUCACGGACUUAUUUAUACAAGCGGCUCUUUUAAAUCCCGGAGAGAAUCUUGAUCCAGACGUUCAAGUUGGUCUGGGCAUUUUAUACAAUGUAUCCGAAGAAUACAAUAAGGCAGUGGACUGUUUUCAAACAGCACUCUCUUUGAGGCCUAAUGAUUAUCUUCUUUGGAAUAAACUUGGAGCAACGUUAGCAAAUGCUCUUGAAUCCGAAAAAGCCGUGAAUGCUUAUUUUAAUGCCCUUGAAAUAAAUCCAUUGUACGUUCGUGCUCGAUAUAAUCUCGCCAUGUCUUUUAUUAAUAUGAAAGAAUAUCGAGAAGCGGCCGAACAUUUACUCGCAGCCCUUGCAUUACAGACUGGUGAAGCCAACGCGAUCACAAGCGAUGAAUUAAACAAUGAUAGUUCAUUUCAUAGCGUUACUAGAGGCGUGAUGAGUUCAAAUAUCUGGGCAACACUUAAAGUUUGUUGUGGAUUUUUAAAUAGACCUGAUUUAGAAAAUAAAUGCGAUAUCAAAGAUUUGAGCGCUUUUAAGCAGGAAUUUGAGUUUUAG